GGCUAGGCAGUGCUGUUCGGGACACAGUUACGGGAGUAGUGUCUUAGGAUCGCUCCGCUUGUACGGAUGGAAGACAGUGAAGUGUUUGUUUUUAUAUGACAGUAGGCCAAGUGAUAUCAGUGUAUCCGUCAUUACAACACUCGUAAUUAUGGCAUCCUCACAGGAAGUCGUCACUGAGCGUUCAUGCUACCAGUGGAUCACCAGGAAGAGUGAAUAUGAAGAAGAGGAGGAAAGCAUAAAACAUCCUGAGGAGCUGAUGAGAGUGGCAACCUCACACCCUGCUGACUGCGGCACGCCCAUGAGUUCUCCACCAUGGCUUGACACUGACAAACUAAAAAUGGCUCAGUCGUUGUUCCGUCGACACUUCCUUGGCGUGUUCAUCAGCAACUUGGUGGGACUGCUGUGUCUACUGGCUGUGCACAGCGUCCUCAAAGUGCUCGUCUUCACCCAUCGCUCCUCGGUCCGCGCCGCCGCCUUCAAGAGGUACCUGGCCACCAUGAACCACGUGAGGAAAUGGUACACGGAAGAUGUAUUUGAUCCAAGUUCAAGUGCCUUUAGGUCCAUCCUGCAAGUGAGGAAGAUGCACUCAAACGCAUUCCGGUCAGCCGAAUCCGCCCAGGUGUCCACCGCUACCCAGGCCGACAUGAUGGUAACUCAGUGGGCCUUCUUCGGCGUGCUGCUCACCCGCGGCCACCGCCUCGGAGUUCGCUGCUCCAAGGAGGAGGAGGAAGGCCUCGUGCAUUUUUGGAAAUCCAUUGGAUACUUGCUGGGGAUAGAGGACAGGUUCAACUUAGCCUCUGGAGAACUGGAGGAGGUGCGAGCUCGGUGUGAAAAACUGAAUGAGGUGAUGGCGGCUCAUCUCGUCUCCCCGCCUGCCCACUUCCCUGCCAUGGCUGAGGCGCUGCUGUGGGGAGUACACGACAUCGUGCCUGUAGUAGACCCUCCAGCCUUCACAGCCUUCACCUACAACUUGCUGGGUCUCCCUCUGCCCACUCUCAGGCUCUCCUGGUACUCUGUCUUCAUGCUGAGACUCACGGAGUAUAACUUCAGUGUGUUGGUUCACCUUCCCUUGGUGGGGCGCGUGCUGCGGUGCUGCCAAAACGGCCUCCUCACCCUGGCCAUCACCAUCUGCACUCUUUACCCUUCCGUGCCUGCCUUCUGUGGCAAAGUAGAGAAGGCCGUUUUAAAAGCAAUGGAUGGUGUACUGGCUGUGUACCAUAAGGUUAUUUGUUACUUUCCGUAUUCCUAUUCGUUCAAGCGAUGAGGCUUUUUAAUGUGGAACAAAGAAACUGACAGUAAACAGAAAGAAAAUAAAUAAAGUAUUCGUAUGGUUAAGUGGUCCUUUGCCUGUAAGGAUCAGAUCUCAUAGGUUUCAGGGCAAUGUAUCGAGAGCGCACUCUUAAGUCUUGGUUACAAACAGUAUUAAUGUAUUCAGACUAACCGCUUGCAAAGGGCAUUGCUGAGCAGUGAGUCUGUGGGUGCAGCACGAGCCACAGUGUGUCUCAUGAACUCGCCGCAUGGACCGGAUGUUUGCUUGCCUCUUUGCGGUUGUUUGGAGUGUGGUUGUGAUGCCGGUGCUGAUGAAACACACACACACACACACACACACACACACACACAAGAAUGAAAGGGGAAAGAAAGCUUUGGUUACUGGCUUAUGAUGGACAUUGAUAUAGUUGAUGUCUGGAAGCAAGAUUUUUUUUUUUUUUUUUUUUUUUUCAAAUGUAAAAUCGUAACAUUACUUAUUUACGUUAGGACGUUAUGUUUGUGCUAUAGGAAAAUUUAUUGAUGUGGUUAGACUUUACUUAGGACGUUUUUACGAUAAAAUUAUGCACAUGCACUAUGUUCUGCAAGAAUGAAGCUUGGGAUGCAUGUGAAACCUCUCAGUGGUAUUGGCGUGUUUGUGUCUGCCUCUCACUGGUAUUGAUCUCGUGUCCAGUCCGUGUUUCUGUCUGGAGACUAGGCUAAACUCGUGGAAGCUGAUUAUAGAGUUGUGUCUGAUACAAACUAAGGGAUAAAUGUGAAGGAUAGGCUGAGAGCGCGAAGUUCAAAACAAAUCAGUCCUUCCAAGUCUUUUUGAUGGGAAGGCAGAGUAGAUACGAUGUGUGGUAAAGUUCAUUUCAAGUGCGUUCCAGAGGUAUAGGGUACUUGCUACCAUGUCUCGAUGCCGCUCCUUUCGCCUUUGAUUUCUAGUGAUAAUGAAGAUGACAUUGUAAUAAAAAGUUUUCCUUUAUAUUCUCUCUCUUGAUAAUUAUGCUGCUAAACAAGUCAUUUCAUCAGUUAACUUUUUAGCAAGGUUGGUCUGAGCCUACUAACGCUGAGUGUUUGUAUCAUAGAUCUCUUGUGGCAAUGUCUGUCUGAACCAUACUUUGUUCCUCAUGUUCCAGAUACUUUCCUUUCCGUGUACCUAAAGGAGAAUUCGUGCUUUCUCAUCGUAAGUUGUAUUUGAAAGUGUGGAAUUUGAAAGAAUGCUGUCGAGAAAUGUUAUACCUUCAUUAUCAAAUCAGUGAAAAUAAGCGCAACAACAAGAAUUACAAAAACAACACCAACAACAGAAAUCUUAAAACAUGUCAUAAUAACAAGAACUAUUACUACU